UUGGAAGCUGUUAAAGUGGUUGCUAUGAGACCUUCUCCAGCUACCACAGGAACAGCCGGAGUGUGAGGCUGAUAAAUCAUACCUCUUGUAUCAAACCUUUCUUUUUUUUUUAAUGCUGCUUUUAUAGUUGUUUAAAAUCAGAGCAAGCACCUGUCAGUUGCUUUUUCUUCCUUACUCUCCUCUGGUCCCUUGCGCAAGAUGGAGCUAGAAAAUGAAAUGAUCAGCUCCUCCAGCAAUUCUUCAGCAGGCUCCAGGGAGUACAAGGUGGUGAUGCUGGGAGCUGGGGGAGUUGGCAAAAGCGCUAUGACUAUGCAGUUCAUAAGCCAUCGGUUUCCUGAUUAUCAUGAUCCAACCAUAGAGGAUGCUUAUAAAACUCAAGUACGAAUAGAUGAUGAACCGGCUUACUUGGACAUUCUAGACACUGCUGGACAGGCAGAAUUCACAGCCAUGAGGGACCAAUAUAUGCGAGGUGGAGAGGGUUUCAUUAUCUGCUAUUCCAUCACAGACCGCCAAUCCUUUCAGGAAGCUGCAGAGUUUAAGGAGCUCAUUUACCGUGUCCGGCACACUUAUGACAUCCCAUUGGUGCUGGUGGGAAACAAAAUAGAUCUUGAGGAGUUCAGGCAGGUCUCGACUGAAGAAGGCAUGAGCUUGGCGAGAGAGUAUUCGUGCUCCUUCUUUGAGACCUCAGCUGCCCUGCGCUUCUACAUUGAUGAUGUCUUUCAUGGACUGGUGCGGGAAAUCCGCAGAAAAGAGUCCUCGCUGCCCCUGACAGAGAAGAAGAUGAAGAGGAAGGACAGCCUGUGGCAGAUGCUGAAAGGAUCUUUGAAGAAGAAAAGGGAAAGCACAACCUGAUGGCACUUUCCAGUGGGCCACCUUUAAGGAGCUGAUCACAGUCAUCUGUAGCAAUUCCUAAGGCAGCAUUUACACAGCAUCUUCAGGGACCAGUUCUGCAGUCCUUUCUCUGCUUUCAUUCAAUCCUUAUGCAGGAAUAACUUCUAUGAGGCCCAAUCUGUGGUUGCCCAGUGGCCCCUUUAUCCCAACAUAGCCAAUGCAGAAGGAGCCACAUAGAAGUCAGUUACCCUCCCCCUCACUCUUGGCACUGUAGGCCCUCUUGUGUAAGGUACAGAGGCAGUGGAGUGAACAUUGUACCUUUCCCUGCAUGAUCCCCCAGCAAGGGGUAUUCAGGGUCAUCAAGGGUAGGAAAGAGUAUUUUACAUAUGGAACAAUUCUCCAAAAAGGGCCAUUAAUGUGCCCACCAUACACACCCAAAUCAUAUAUCAUUUGAAAGGUUAUUUUAUGUACAUUUGGAUAAAUUAUGAGGUGGAGCUUUCACAUGGUGCCGUAAGCUGGUAGGCAUGGUGAAAUAAUGGUACCCCAAAUAAAAAGUGUCAUGUUGUGCAUAGUUCCUAAAACAUUGCAACCUGACUAUAACUACAGUUUUUACUGUUCAUGCUAAUUUCAACAGCUUAGUGUGGGGGUACAUUGCUAAAAGCUACCAAACAGCAAUUUAUUAAAAUAUUUUUAUUGGUUUUCCAUGGUCAAGUAUUUUUUUUUUAGAGCUGAUUAAAUUGUUCAGCAUGUGGCCAAAAUGCCGAAUAUCAACAUUUUGCAAUAAACUAACAUGAAAUAUUUUCACAUCACAGAUUCUUAAUUGUCAAAGUAUCUCACAAAUGAUUAUAAUAGUUGUCAAUAUUUUCAGUUGAAAUUUGCGACCUGAUCAAUCUCCCACAGAAGGUUGUGCACCAGUAGCAGUAGAUUGCAUGCCCAUAAUUUGUCCCCCUAGUGAGUAGAUAGAAAUGUAUGUGAAUUCUUAAUAUAAUGCUUCUGCAUUUGUAAGCUUUUGUACAUAUGGAGUAGCAUCUAGUCUGCCUGGUAGAAGGUUUUAAUUUGUAAUUGUCUAUGUUUGCAGCACUAGCUUUUGAAAAAAUCUAGAAACUAGCUUUUUAAUUCAAUGACACAUGCAUAGGCUGUUAUUAGUGUUAGAGAUGACAUUACACUGCUUCAUACUGGAUUUCAAUCAAAGUGCUCAAUCAGCAAAAAUGGCAAUUUUGAUAUUAACAUAUAGAUCUAGUUUAUACAUAACGUAGCACAAAUCUGUAUAUUUGUACAAAAUGAAAAAUUAUGUUAGUGGGGGUGGUCAUGCUAAGAAUACGCUUUGGGAAUUUUACCUCUACAGGGAAGUUACAGUAUGCGAAGACUUGGAGGAUAUAAGCCCCUUAAAAGAAGGACUCCACAACUUUUUUAAAAUGUGUUAUUUGUCAAGAAAAAUCAAAAGAAUGCAAAAUUGUCAAAAGCCGCCAGUGCUGGACAGAAUUCUAUGAUGCUGGCAGCAGAAGGCAGGAGAGAUGAAUGCUAUCGGCAGCUACUGGAUUAAUUCCCUAUUUUAGAUGAUGUGCCACCAACACUCUAUAACAGGGGUUGCUUUCAGAAACACACAUGCAAGUUAAAUUUGGCACGUCAGAGUUGUAUUGGACCCAGGAUAGAAAACAGACUCUGAAUCUGAUCAGAAAGCAUCACAUUCACCUGCUUCCAUAGCCACCAGAGCUAGUACAUCCUCCACUGCUUCACCCAGUUGUGUUGUUUGCUUGAGAAAAACACACAAGAAAGAUAGGAAACUUCAUAAAGUGGAAACAUUUGAGAGAGCAGCUAAUCUAGCAAAGGCAACACUUCAAAGAGGAUGAUUACAUGUUUUGCAGAAUAUCUGUGGAAGAAUUGAUUGCUAAGAAUGGAGUUUAUCACUCAACAUGCCAUUCUUCUUACUUCAGUAAAACAAAUCUUAAAGUAAAACCACCUAGUUACACUGCAACAAUGCAGUCACCUUAUGACAUCGCAUUGUAUCAGCUGCUUGAAGCGAGACUAGAGAUAAUAAUCUUAUGUAUAACAAGAAGGCUGUCAAGCUGCUACAAAGUUAUAAAACUUUAUCUCCCUCAGAUGUAGAAACUGCAAGCUACUCCAGAAGCAAAUUACAGCCAACAUUAGAAAAACACCAUGGUUCUGCAAUUUCAUUCCAUGAACAGCAUGGACUGGGCAAGUCUACUAUUGUUCUAUGCAGCACAAUAACAUUAGCUGACGCUAUCCAAGAUGCUAGCAAUCUGAAGCAGGAACUUAAGUUAUCCAAAUGUCUCAUGGAUGGUCUUUUGGCAAGUAACCCUGGUGAACAGCUUUCAAAUGAAUAAGUGGUUUUGUAUAAUGCCACUUCAAUCCUUCCAUCUGAAAUUAACUGAAAUAAAUCUUCUGAAUAUUAUCCAAAUCGAGGUGAUUGCAGUUAACAGAGGGCUGCUUCUUUUGUGCCCCAGUUGGUGCAGGAAUUUGUCCAUUGGUUAAUAGAUAAAGAGACAUAUAGUUCAGACAGCAAUGAAUAUCAUCCUUCAGAAGACAUUCAAAGAAGGUAACUGUCAAUUUUGGAGAGCAUAGUAUUUAACAGUUCCAAAAUUAUUACACUUUUGCACAUAAGCCUUGCUGCACACUUAUACCAUGAGUUUGGAUUUCAUAAUUUAAGUGACAUACUACACCUUCAUGGAUGCUACCUCAGUUAUGUUGAGCCGAGGCAGUUCGUCACUAGCGCUGCAAAAACUGAAGUAGGAAGACUUCACGGAGGCAUGCUCAUUCCAACUGGAAUUGUCCCAUUUCAUUCUGAUAGAAAUCUCAUCCAUGAAGAAGAACAUAAUAUAUAUAUCAACACAGAGAUCAUUGAUGGAAAGGCUAGAGUGGGUUUUCAAGAACAAUCUGCAGAUAGUCCAGGAUCACAAGAAAUAUCACAGAAGUUUAGGAAAGAAAAGUCACUUACUCUCCCUGAGCAAUCAGAGCAGGCAGUGUGCAGCAUUUGAAAAAUUUAGAACUUGUCCAGAACUUACUUGCCAUGAAAAAGUACUUGAGAAAAUAAACUCUUGUCAACUACAUAUAAAUGCUUUCCAAGAUUCCUCCUGGUAUUUUUCAAGAUUAUUAUCUUGUGACAUCCUGCCAAUAGGAAAGGACACUGAUAUUGUUCACACUCAGAUGAUUCUAUUUUAGACCGGUUCCAACCACAAUCUUGCAAACAAAGAACACAUACACAGCAGUUGCAUAUGUACCUAUUGUGGAUGUCAAACCAGCUGAUAUGGCCAGUCUAUCCUACAAUGCUGAAACAUAAGGAAAUGUCGGGAGCUUUAGGAUAGCAGCAUGCUGUUUAGAGCAUGGAUCAGCAGCUGUAUGCUGUUGCUCAGAAAACGAAAUAGAAUCUCACAAAUGAAUUUUGGACCAAUGUAAAUUGCCUGGGUGGUUUUCACACCUGUUUUAUUGCAAGUAUUGGGAAAUUUUGUGGAGACACAGGAUGGCUAGACCUUCUUGUUGAUUCUGAUGUAUAUGCAACUUGUACUGCAGAGAAAAUGCUUGCUGAUAAGCAAUUAAGCCAUGCUCUAUAUGUCUUGACUCUAGCAUUUGAGGCCAUGAGUGCUCUGAAACUUUAUUCAUUUGUUAAGCGGUGUCAACAGGGAGCAGGUACUCAAAUAGUUCCAGCAAUUGUCUGGCAAAUGUUAACAGAUUCAAGAGGUGUUUGAGUCUGAAGACAUUGGGUCCUUAAAACAAGUCAUUAAAGAGUUUGAUGAUGCUGUAACUCAGCAUUUGCAACCACUACUGGAGGAAUUUCAGACAUGGGGGUAUGCUGAGUCUCCUCCAUUCAAGUUCUGUGUUCAUUUUCUCCAGGUUAUGUAGAUCCUACUUCUAAAUGUCAAUGCAGAGCAAGAGAGUGAAUGGAAACAUCACAGUAUGGCACGAUUCCAUACAUCUUUAGUGCAAACAGGCCCACCAAUCUACAUUCUUGAUGGUUUAAAUUUCCAUGAAGAAGUACACAAUGCCUUUCGACUUGGGGAAUUUGCUGUGUGUCACAGUCCUGGUUCUUUCAAUGGAAUUUGAAGUGACAUGGAAACAGAGAAAACUGUCAUCAAAGACUCAGAUGGCGACAGUGGGAUUGUAGGCCUGCCAAGAAAGAAGCCAGCCCUUGUCAAAUGGAUCCUCACAAGAGAUGUCUUAAGUGAAUAUGCAAGAGCUAUGAGAUUAAGAAGUGACCUAACAAGAAGUAGUGGAGACAAAGUCCACAAACAAGUCUUUACCUCAGCACUGAAAAGGGAUUAAAAGCAUGUUACAGCUCUUACCAGCCAUGUCAUCAACAAUACAGCAAACCCAUUUUACCCUGAAUUAUACCGAGAAAUGCUUAUCAACAUGUCAACUGGACUACACGUAACAUCAGAUGUACAAAAGUCUAUUGAAAAUAGCCAAUGUUGAUGAAGAACAGAUGGAGAGAUCUGUGAGAGAUGCAUUUGAUUCUGAUAGGACAUGUAGCUUCUUCAGCCCAGUCAAGAAAUCUGGCAUCAAAACAUUUUUUGACAAGACAAAAAAGACCAAAUUUAAGUCUGGAAAGGGAGGGACAAUCACAGCGGCUAUGAGGUCAGAAACUGUUUUUUGCUAAGACUUGUUCUUAGCAAGAUGCAGUGAUGAUGUUGCAAUGAUAACCAUUCUAUUUCACUCAGAAGGACCCAUCCCUAUGUCCCUCUUCUAUGUUUAUGGAAUAAUGAGAACAGAUGAAGCAGAAUUAGGAUGCUCAAGCUGAAAGAAUCCAUGAACUAAGGGCAUGCAACAAAGAAACCACAGUAUACAAUGAGAUGCAACACAGAUGUCCUAGAAAUUAUGUCUGAAGACAAAUUCCACACAUUUGAGGAAAUAGUUGCUGAUACUUGAGGCAAGUCCUAAAAUUAUUUGACAAACGUAAUUCUGUGAUCAAAAUCUUUGACAGAUAUGGCAACAGUAACUCUGUGAAAACUACAGAAAGCUAAUACCAGACAAGAUCUAAGGUUAGAUGGAAGAAGUACCAAGUUUCUAAACAUUGCAUCCAACAAGCAAUCACUUGUAAAAUUGCUCUGUGAAUAUAUGGUUCAAAAUGCACCUGAGAAUGUAGGAGUACAUCGAACACAAACACUCCUUCUUGUGCAAGCUUUUCCAAUGGUGAGGUACAAAAGUCCGUCACCAAUGGAGUGGUGAAGAUACCCAAGAUUUUUACAGUACUUGGCACAAGGCUACUGCUGAAUGCUGUAUGUGCCAGUAUGGCUUUUGAGUCUCUUGGUGUCAAAGGAACCAUAGUAAUUAGGUCACUUGAUACAGAUAUUUUGGUUCUUGCUGUUCAAUACUUUCCAAAAAUGGAGCACAUAGGUAACAUGGGGAUUGAAGCAGGCACAAUUACCAACACAACUGGCAAGUUUCACUUCAUACUUGUAUGUGCAAUUUGUGACACUAUCCUGACUUCUGCAACAGACUUCCUGCUAUACACACAUUAACAGGAUGUGACUUUGUAUCAUCCCUAUUUGGUAUUUGGGAAAAAAAAUCUGUAUUUAAUGUUUUCACAAUACAGAGAGCUAACUGCUUCAGAGAUCUUGCCAAAUUAGGAGAGAGGGAAUAACAAGCUGCAAUUUUUACAGCAAGGAUGUUGGUAGCAGUGCUGUAUGCAGGGCUGGCUUUAGGAGGUGUGGGGCCCAAGUUUUGACAGGGCCCCAGCGGCUCUCCGGGUCUUCGUCAGCACUUCGGCGGUGGGUCUUUCACUUGCUCUGAGUCUUCGGCGGCACUGAAGGACCCACUGCUGAAAUGCCACCAAAGAUCCGGAGCACCACCGGGUGAGUAAAAAUUAAAAAGGCGACUAAGUUAGCCACUCUUCUUUAGAGCAUGGGGCCCUCUUAGGCAUGGCACAGGGCCUUCUUAGGCACAGGACCUGAUUCGGGGGAAUCGGCCUAAAGCCAGCUCUGGCUGUAUGAGCAUAGCAAGAAAGAAAAGAAGUCCCACAGAAACCUGAAUUGCUUGCACCUCAAUCUAGCCAUCAAAAUGGACAAAUCACUAGCCAAACGCCCCCAUAUGAGGAUCAUUUUGAAGAGCAUUUCAAAAAAGCAUCUUGGCAAUCAAAGAUUUAAAUAUCUUCAUGCAUAGGUAAACAAGAUAUUGGAUCAUCACUUCAAUAUAGAUGGGAAAAAGGGGAUGAUGGACUACUUCCUGUAUUCUUCAAGGGCCCAGUGGCAUCUCAGCUUCUACAGGACCUUAUUUGUGCCUAUAUCAAUAAGGGUUGCUACACAUUCCACUGUUUAUAGUCAGAAAAAUCUUCCCCCCACAGAAUUGUGUACAUGCUGAGACAAUGAAGACUGUGGUAACCCACAGACUCUUGACAAAGAUCAUAAUGAUGAACAAGAUGAUAAUGAUGUUGACUAGAAAUGUCAUCAGCACUAUUACAUUGCAAUAAUACCUGUACAUAUUUAUUAUUAGAUUUUAUUUAACACUUUAGAUUGUUAUGAUGCUUUCAAGUCACAAAAAAAAUCCAAUCUUCUCUCUUGAAAUGACAUAGACUCAAUAAACUAACAGAAGCAAAGACAAAUAUUUCAAAGUUGUUAUUUUAAUGUAUUGAUGGUGUCACUUGUUUAUCCCUGUUCUUAUGUUAAUAGCACCAUUUGGUAGCUCCACAUCAUAUAUCAUCUUAAAGUAGACGUAUUAUGUUUUCAAAUUAUGUAUGAUGUGUAUGUAUGUAUGUAGAGAGAGUACAUUAAGUUCACCAAAUCAGUGGUGUCUGCCAGUCACCUAUAUGGCCAAGGCCUUCUUGUGCCCUGGGUUAGUUUCCAGAUGGGAUGGGUAGAACCUGCACCCAAUGCCUAAUCAGGCCUCAUCUGCUCCAGAAAAAUGGAAGUACAUGUUGCCUUCUUUGUGUCCUUACAUGGGGCUCUGCGCCAGCACAGGGAUGAAAGGGUAACAUUGGCUUCAAUGGGAGUUUUGCCUCUAUAAGGACUAGUAUCUAAGGAUUUUAGGAUUUGAUCUUCAACUUUACAUACAUUUGCAGGUUAAAUGCUAGGUUGUGCUCAGCAUCUGUGUAUAUGUGCCUGGGCACAAAGCCAAGGGGAACUCGAAGGCCUCCCUUCUUUGCACCAUGAUGGACAGCCUUGGCACAGUUGUAGUCCUUCCUUUUGGUGGACAGGCAGGGCAAGGGUUCAAAAAUCAGGCACAACUAGCCAUCACAAACGGGCAGGGUCAAGGCUCUGUCUCCCCUCCCCACCAGUCUGCAGAGAUGGUUGGUCACAGGGGAGUGUACAUUGCUCUCCCUAGUAAGGUAUAGUGCAGCAGCCAUAUAUCCCUGCACAGCAAGGAGCUAGGGAAACACAAUGCUGCCUCGAGCUCUCACUGAGGCAGUUCAGCUCUACACAAGCCUUACUAUGGAGCAGCACAUGUAGUGCACAAUCCAGCCCUCUAUAAACUACAGAACUACAUGCAAUCAGAUACUGUUUAUUCACAGACCUUAACCAUCUAAAGGAAUCCUUUUUACCAAUCAUUUGGAUAGGUCUUAUAUUUUAAUAAAGCAGCCAUGAAACAGAAGAAUCUCAUUGCCUUCUUUGAUUUUUUUUUCAAUUUCCUCUUUUUGAAAUGGAUUUUAUUUAUAAAUUUUACAGAUAAAGC